AUAAUAAAUAUUUCAAUUUUUAUAUUGUAGAUUAAUUAUAUAUAAAGAUAAAUGCACAAAUUUUGUCUAGUAAUUUUGUAUUCAAAUUGUGUACAUACAUACAUGCGUAUAUACGCUAGUAUCUUCAAAAUGUUAAGAGUGGCACAGACAAAAAUUGUUUUGUGAAAAUGGGAUACAAGAUGUUAUUUGUGGAGGUUAUAUGAAUAAGGAUUGGUUUUCUGAAAUAUAAACUAGCAUUAGAAAUAUGGAGCAUUCCAACAAUCCUCAAGAGCAGAAUUUUCGACAAAAUUUUACACUUUUUGGUGAACCAAUUAUUAAAACACGAUGUCAAAGGAAUGCUUUGAUAUCUGGCAUUUCUGGAGGUAUAUUAUCUGGAUUAGUAGCAUUUUUAUUCACAAGUCAACCGAGACGAUCAGUGUACAUAGGAUUUGGCGGAUAUUUAGCAAUAACGUUUUGUAUGACUUGUUAUUGUACAUAUGACGAAUAUUCAUUGCGAAAACAAGCAAGACUUAUUAAGAAAGCUAUAUAUGAAAUAAAUACAUCAAAAAAAGGUUCUGAAUCCAGUAAUUCAAGCCUAAAAGUUGAAGAUGCUUAAUAAUGAAAUAUUUUUUGAAUAAAAAGUGCUACAGACUUGUAUGUAAUCUUCAUAUAAAGAAUACAUAAUAGGUGUAAUAGUACAAAUUUAUAUGAACCAAGUAUUUUGCAAUUUUAGUUCUAUAAAUAUAUUACAAUUAAAAGUAAAAUAAUACGGA